AGGCUCCAUUGACGGGCUCUUGCUCUGUUCUCCUUUGCAGCAGGAGGCAGCAGCAGCAGCAGCAGGAGGAGGGGGCUGCCCUGGCCCUUCGCUCUGCGGCGCAGCCCAGCCACUUCCCAGGCGCCAGGGCAGGUGGUCUCCGGCUGCAGCAGGGCGCUGUUUGGCCAGCCCCUGGCAGCCCUCUGCGGGGAGGAUGGCACACUGCCCCAGCCCAUCCAGGAGCUGCUCGCUGUUCUACAUCAGGAAGGACCAUCGACCGAAGGGAUAUUUCGCAGAGCCGCCAGCGGAACAGCGCUUCGGGAGCUGCGCGAGGCCCUGGACCGUGGCCUGGACAUCGACAUGGGAAGCCAACCUGCAGAUCUGUUGGCCGUCGCCUUGAAGGACUUCCUCAGAAACAUCCCCUCCAAGCUCCUCGUGGAAGACCUGUAUGAGGAGUGGAUGGCAGCCAUAGAGAAGACAAGCACAGUGGAGAAGAUAGAGGCACUGAAAGUGGUGGCCAAGAAGUUGCCAGCGGCCAAUCUCCUGCUCCUGGAGGAGCUGCUGUCCCUCCUGCAGCACAUUGGCCACAACGCAGCCACCAGCAGGAUGACCUUUAACAACCUGGCCAUCUGCGUUGGGCCCAAUCUGCUGAGCCCACCCAAGGAGGAGCUGCUGCCGCUGGACGCCCUGCUGGAGGUCACACAGAAGGUGAACAUGCUGGUGGAGUGUAUGAUUGCGAACUACCGUGACAUCUUUGGGGAGGGGAUGGCUGGUCUCUCCCCCACAACUGCCAAGGAGACAUCGGAACCCAUGGACAGAUCUACAGAUGGACAUGUUGAAGAGCCACGUGGCCCUGGAGGUAGAGCAGACAAGGACCAUCAGGUAAAAGCCUUUCUGGAUGCACCCUCGUCUCUGCUGGACAACCUGAAAGAAUCUGGUGGAGACACAGUGGUGGAGGGUGAAACAGCAGAGGCUUCGCCUCCAAUCGCCCCAAAGAGUGCAGCAGAGUCCUUGGAGCACCCAGAAGAGCUGAGGAGCCUUUCAGAGGACAGAAGGUUUGCAGGCUCUCUCCAGGAGAAGGAGAAGGGAAGAAACCAGAAGAGAAGACAGACCCACGGAGAUGACAGUGACAACGUCGUGGAAAAGAAGAGGAGGAAGAGGAACAACAUUUCUGGAGGAGGAACAAGGAAGAGAUACCGGAAUAUCCAGAGAGUCAGGAAGCCCAGGUCCCGUUUGCAUGUUAAGAGUUGAACCCCUGUUGCUGUUGUUGGAGUUUGCAAUAAACUGUUUUUGAAGUCACAAGAAAGUGUUUUAAAAAUGUUCAUUCCCUCACAGUUGAUGUUCACAAUAAAGUAAUUUUUUCUCUGUUCUGACCAUGUCUG